ACCACAUAUAGAACCUCGACUUCACAGAUCGGUGUUUCACUUCCCAAGCUCUCUCUCAAUUCCGAUUUCUUCUUCGAUACUCUCUUGAGCCAAGCAUAACAAAAAUUAAUCGAUGGCUUCUCCUUCCACCCCUAUCACGUUCUUCGUUUUGCUUCUUCUUGGGACAGCCUCAGCUCAGCUGUCGAGUACCUUCUAUGACAAAACAUGCCCUAAGGCCCUCUCGACUAUCCAGUCAGCGGUGAAGUCCGCUGUCUCGAAAGAGGCCCGGAUGGGAGCCUCUCUGCUUCGCCUUCAUUUUCAUGACUGCUUUGUUAAUGGAUGUGAUGCAUCGGUGCUGUUGGAUGACACGGCGAACUUCACUGGAGAAAAGACCGCUGGGCCGAACGUCAACUCCUUGAGGGGAUUUGAUGUUAUCGACACUAUCAAGACGCAGGUCGAGAACGUGUGCCCUGGGAUAGUCUCCUGUGCCGAUAUCCUAACAGUGGCUGCCAGAGACUCUGUUGUCGCAUUAGGAGGACCGACCUGGACUGUUCCACUGGGAAGAAGAGACUCAACCACGGCCAGUCUGAGCACAGCCAACAGUGAUAUUCCGGCCCCGACAUUGAGCCUUAGCGGGCUUAUCUCUGCCUUUUCCAAUAAAGGACUCAGUGCCAAAGAAAUGGUUGCACUCUCAGGGGGACACACGAUCGGGCAAGCUCGGUGCACGACCUUCAGGAAUCGGCUGUACAAUGAAAACAACAUCAAUGCCUCAUUUGCCACAUCCUUGAAGAGCAAAUGCCCGAGCUCCGGGGGAGACAACAACCUGUCCCCGCUCGAUGCCACCAGCCCGACGGCCUUCGACAAUGCCUACUUUAAGAACCUCCAGGUCCAGAAAGGGCUGCUCCACUCCGACCAGGAGCUCUUCAACGGCGGAUCCACCGACUCUCAGGUCAACACCUACAGUUCCAACCCGAGCACGUUCAGUUCUGACUUCGCAAAAGCGAUGGUGAAGAUGGGCAACAUCAGCCCCCUCACCGGCAGCAACGGCCAAAUCAGGAAGAACUGCCGAAAGGUCAAUUAAUUGACAAGAGAUCAUAGUCGUCGGCGCUUCAACAAUUGCGUGGACGGUCGUUCCAUUAUUAGUAUUUCUCCUGUUUCGUUCUUAGGUAUGAUGAUAAAGUUUUUCUUUCUAUUUUGUUCCUUCGGGUUAAAGAAAUACAAGGCCUUGGCCGAGUAGGGGUUUGGUUUUGAAUUUGCAAUUGUACCAUUUGAUGAAAUUUCAAUAAUGGAGUGAAAUUUCCAUCUAA